AUGCUUCUUUUUUUUUCAAGUAGUAGCAAAUGUCCCCCCCAAUUGACACAACCCACCUCUUCUUUCUGUUCUGUAUCAAAAAGUUGGAGCGCCAAUAGUGCCUCGCCAAUUAAUCAAGGAAGCCGCGUCCUUGGCUGGAAUGUCCAUACCAGACGACGAGGGUCCUCCCGAGAAGAGUUUGUCGGCUGCAGGCCCGUCGAUUUCCUCUUCUUCUGCAGAGGGGUCGUCGUCUUCCUCGUCUUCGCUAAGCACACCGUCGUCUACUACUGGCGAUGCUGCUGCUGCCUUGGCGACAGCUUCUACCACUACUACCCCUACUACUAGUGCUACGAUGACUGCUGCGCCAAGCAAACCUGAUGUGGUGGCUGCUGCUACGGCAACAACAACGACAACAACAGCAUCGUCCACACCAUCCGCUUAUUCGGCAGCAGCAAUGCCACAAGUCCCAUCCCAUCUAGCAGCCACAUCCAUGCCUUUUGCAAUGCUACAGUCCAUUGAUGACGAUGCGCUCUAUUCGAGUGGCUCGUCGAGCAGUGGUAUCACAGACAUUGAAGGCGGGAUUCAAAAUUGCACACAGACCAUGGACUCGGCAGCACGGUCGGUUCAAGCAAUUGCACAAGACAUUGAAGACCUGCAGGUGAACGUCGAAGCGCUGGCGGGCGAUCUAGGUAUCAAUCCAGGCCAGCUGAUGGGCGAUUUCAGUGGCUACUAUGACCGGUUUGCAGACGAUUACAGUCGUCUGAUUGAAUCGGCUUCGCACCACGAUCGAAAACAACUCUUUGAACUGGCAAACAACCGGAAUCACAAUAAUCAUAAUCAUAAUCAUAAUAAUAAUGGUGUAAGUACUUGUUUAAGGAAUACUGUUGCUGCUCGUGGCGGCGCCGCUUCGGUGGCGAAAAACAACAGCAACAACAACGAUACAAGUUCUUUUACAUGGGGUACUGACGCAUCAUCCUACGCCUACAAUUUGGCGUUCUCUUUCUUUCAGCAGCAAUUCUUACAUAACUACAACAACAACACCAUUGCUGCUCGUCGAGCCUCAUCUGCGGCGAGUUGUGCACAUCGUGUGCCUUCUCCUGUAUUAAGAUCAAGUGUUGAAUCGUCCUUUUGCACAACCACUACACCCACUGUGCCUCAUCAACCUCAUCCAGCCAUAGUGGAUCAACAGCAACAACAUCCUGCAUUGUUUCCUGUGCCUGUGCCUGUUCCUGUUGCCAUGAUGCCUGGUCAACAGUUACAACAACAUCAACAGCAGUCAAUGUCGGCUGCAGAGACAGCAGCAGUAGCAGCAGCAGCAGCACAAUUUCAAGCACAGCAGGUAGCGGCGGCUCAACAGUUUCCGGUGCUUCCGGAAGAAUACAUGGCGCUACUGACGGCUCAAGCACAACAAACAUACGCAGGCAUGGCAGCAGCAGCAGCAGCGGCAAACAACAACAACAACAACAAUGCUGGUGCUACUGCUCAUGGUGCAGCAGGAGCAGUUCCACAACCACCGACAACGGAAAUGCCAAGCAGCAAGGGAUAUGCCGAUUCAAGGAAGAUCUAAGUCGCUCGCCUUCUCUUGUGUCUCUAUCCUUUUCUUUUUUUUGUUUGUUUUUUUAUAUAUAAACCCCCCCCCCCACCAUCAAUGAUAUCCCGCCUUACAUCAGCAACAUAUCAUCCAUCAUCCCAUCCCACCUUAUUAC